GAAACCAAACCAGUCAAAAAAAGGCUGCAAGAGCAAGCCCUAGAGCAGUUUCACUUCCUUCGGGUGCCCUGCAAAGCUGAGCCCAGUCCUGCGGCCUGAGUGCCGGAGCUGCGUUUCCCGGGACCUCGGCCCCAGCUUCCCGAGGCUCGGAGCAAGGCUCAGAGCUCGGGGGGCGAGGCCCGAGAGACCGUCUGCGCGCAAGAACUUCAAGUCCGGAGAGUCGGGAGCGCUGCGGCACCUGUCUGCAGGCGCCUUGGCUUCAGCGACGCGAUGCUGCCUGCUGCCCCGGGAAGAGCGGGAGGGGGCCGACAGCGGCCCCCCAGCGACCCAGCGCCCCCAGAAAAUACAAAAGACAUCAUAAUUAUCUAUGAAGAAGACGCUGAGGAAUGGGCUCUGUACUUGAGGGAAGUUUUCUCACACAUCAUGAAAAGGGAAGCAAUCCGGCUACAUCACCUGGAGGAUUACCCUCUUCGGGAUUUGGAACUGCUGAAUGUAAACUCUUAUAAAUGCAAACUUUUGAUAUUAUCAAGUAGCCUGCUUGAAGACCUAACUCCAAAUAAAUGUCAAUUUCUGGAAAAGGUGCUUCAUUCACCAGAAAGUGUGGUUAUCCUCCUGUGUGGGGUAACGAGUUCAGAUCGAUUCUACAAAUUAUUAAACAUCUCUGAAAGCAAAUGGGAGAUCUCAACUGAGCAGGGACCUGAAGAUUACAUCUCUGUAAUCGAGAGCAUCCUAUUCACAGGUUCUGAAGACUACCUCGAGUUCAAUGUUGCAACAGAUGUAAAAGUGGAACAUUCUGGGGGAGCAAGUGAGAAAAAUCAAGUUGAAGAAUUACCAGAAGUUUCAAGAAGCAGCACACCAUUGGCAGUGGUGCUCCCCACUGAAAUUCCCUGCGAGAAUCCUGGUGAAAUAUUUAUUAUUUUGAGAGAUGAAGUAAUUAGUGAUGCUGUGGAGGUUGAAUUUAUAUCAUAUAAUAAAUGCAUUAGAAUACAGCCAGCGCUUUGGAAUAAAACAGUCUGGCGUAUGAAAGCUUUAGAUUUCCCUGCUGGCUCUGUCAGUGUCAAUGUCUACUGUGAUGGAAUCAUGAAGGCCACAGCUGAGAUUAAGUACUACACAACAGAAAAGGCUGGCAGAUGCCUAUCGGGAGUGGCAGGUUCAGGGGAUGGUGUGUGCCGGAAUGAUAUGGAAGAACUUGAUGAUAUUCUCACAUCUGUAUUCAAACAAGAGAUACCAUAUUAUGAGUUCCGAUCUCUCCAAACUGAAAUAUACCCUCAAAAAGAACAAAGGAAUUUCAAAGAACUUCCAACUCUUCUCCACUGUGCAGCAAAAUUUGGCUUAAAGAACUUGGCCAUUCAUUUGCUUCAAUGUUCAGGAGCAACCUCAGCAUCUCAGAUGAAAAAUUCGGAGGGUUCAGAUCCAGCACAUAUUGCUGAAAGGCACGGUCACAAAGAACUCAAGAAAAUUUUUGAAGACUUCUCAGUUCAAGAAAUUAGUAGGAACAAUGAGCAAGAACAUGACUAUGAAGAGGAUAUUACUUCACUUCCUGCAUACUUUCCCACCAUACAGAACCCAGCAUUUCAUCAUGAAAGUGCGCAGACACGUAGGCCGAGUGCUGAAGGAGCUGAGGCGAAUGAAACUGCAAAGGAAGAAAAAAAGAGUGAAUCCGGCACGAAGAGCAACUACAGCUUGCCUGAGGUUGAUGGCGGGAGCUCUGAGGACCAGUAUGAUGACUUGUAUGUGUUCAUUCCUGGAGACAGUCCAGACAUUAAUUCACAAGAGCCACUCGGGGACAACAGACCACCUCUCCCCCCACCACGACCUGUAGUCACUGCCCCCCAACUGGAUAAACCUCACCUCACAUUACAAGGGAAAAUGUUGGAAGGCCAAAUGGAAAGAAGUCAAAACUGGUGCAAUCCCAGUGCAAGACAGGAAAUAGGAGGUGAACCUGAAGGAGAGGAGGAACAGACAGAAGAUGAAAAGAAGCAGCAGGAGGAGGAGGAAGACCCGUACACUUUUGCUGAGAUUGAAGACAGUGAAUAUGACAUGAUACUGGCCAAUAUGAGUACAAAGAAAAAAACUGGAGGCCGAUCUUUUAUUAUAAACAGACCGCCUGCACCCGCGCCUCGACCCACAAAUAUUCCUUCAAAAGAGGAAACCACACCAUAUAUAGCUCAAGUGUUUCAACAGAAAGCCGCCAGAAGACAAUCUGAUGGUGACAAGUUCCAUGGCCCCAGGAAACAAGACAGACCUCGGGUGGAGAGUCAAGCCUAUUCCACUGUGAGGGGCUACCUGGCUGCGGGACAGGAAGAACUCAUCCUCCUGCAGGAGCAAGUGAAGAGUGGUAAACUGUCUGUGGACCAAGCCCUUGAGAAAUUUAAACACUGGCAGAUGGGAAAGACUGGCCUGGAAGUGAUUCAGCAGGAAAAACUACGCCAACUAAGAGAUACCAUUAUUGGAAAGAGGCCAGAAGAAGAAAAUGUCUAUGACAGGCUCACCAUUGUGCACCAUCCAAAUGGUAACGAAAGUGUUCACAAUGAAAAUAUUACAUAUAGCAUACCUUUCAGCAAUAAGCAUCCUGCUCGACUCCAAGUUGAGAAGGAAUUUGGUUUCUGUUACAGAAAAGAUCACUAAGGAAGGUUGUUAUAAUGAAACAAGAGUCUGAAGAUACUGUGCUUUCUGCAUUUGGAUGGCCUGCUGUCUUCAGGGCAAAUCUAUAUUGUGAAAGAAAAAGCAGUCCUCUGGAUUUCAGAGUUUAUUAUUGCCACAAUUUAUUGACAUUAUAUCUGCUCCAGAUGAGUUUAUCAAGACUAAAAUUGAAUGCCGGCAUUCUUUGAAAAUAAAAUUCUUACAUUUUACAAUGCAGUUCCCACUGAAGCAACUAUUUUCCAUUUUGAAAAUUGAAGGACAAGAGCAGAAAUAUUAAAUGCUCUGUAGCAAAGUUAGUGGCCCUAAUUUAGGCACUAACCUUAAUAACUUACUUCUCCAGUCCUUAGAAUAACAAUGAAAACACAAAUUUGUUCAGUACAUAUUUGCCUUUUGAGUGACUCGUCCAUUUUCUGAAUUUCUCACAUUCAAAACUAUCUAUUAUUGUUACAUAACGUUUGCAGAAAUCUUCCUUUAUUUAGUGUUUAUUUGCAUGUAACCCUGAACAUCAUUUUUCUAACUUUUUGUAUCUCAUGUUAAUAUAUAUUUCUAUAACCUAUAUGCCUUGUUAAAAGGCUUACAAAUUCACCAUCUUAUUUCUUAGACACAGUUUACUAGCUUAGAAUAGAAAAUGGUUUUACUAUUCUAUGAUUUUCAUGAACAAUUGCUGCAAAUAAAAUGAAUGUUUAAAGCUAUGUCUGACUUUUAAAAAGUAAUGCAUGAGGGGGGAGAUCAAUGCAUGGAAAUUAACCACUAAAUUCUUCUGCUUGCCAUUUUACAAAGAGAGAAUUCUACGAAAAUUAUUUGAAAACUUGAGUAAUAGAACAAAAGCCCCAUUUCAGGCCCUCUCUGCCAGAGCUAGCCCGACCCCAAAAAGCAUAACUGACUCUUCUUUUAUGAGCCUUUAUCCUCAGGACUAAAAAAUUACUGGAAGCACCCUGAAGGUGCAGAGGAUCCGAGGAACUUACGAAACAGGACGUGCCCGACCACAACUACCGGACCCUGCACCCGAAAACAAUAAGCAGACAAGCUGCAGCCCGUACAAGACCAGCCAAAACAUCCUGCUCUACAGCCACCCCAGUCACCUCGUAAAAGCUCAAAGCCCCCACCCCUCAGGGCUGGUGUACCUCCACACCAAGCCCCUCUGCCUUCUUGGAAAAUUAAUAAAAAAUUUUUACUCUCUAUGCUUUCUUCUGUUUCUGAAUUCUUUCACAGCCCACAUCACCAACCACCCUAAUACUGACUAAUUUCACUGUGUAGGGCCCAUGAAGUAGAAUAAACAGAAACGAUGUUUCUCCACCUUCUAAACAAAGAUGGGAAUGUUUAUUUUUUUACAGUCCUUCUGCAAAAUAUUGAUUAUAGGUUUCUCAAGACUAUUAUGCUUGUUAAACCUGGUUUUUAAAUAAUACAGUUUAAUUAAUCCCUAUAGAAGCUGCCUUGAUUAUUAUAUUUCAAAAUUCAGCCUAAGUUUCACAUUCAAGCUUUUGAGAACUGGAAUGCUGUUCCAUGCACGAGCCUUCAUUUCUGCAGAUUGACACACCCAAGUAGUUAGGGAAAGCUGACUGCUUUUCUACGAUUGUCUCCAUCUGUAAAGUGUAAAUGUAUGUAUCAUCUCUAAAGUCAAAACUUCCAUAUUAGCCUGUGACUGAUACCUACAAUUGCACCAUUAGCUUUAGUCUUAUUAAAAAUGUGAAAUCCAGUGACAAGUAAAAUUUUAACUUUCUUAAUUAUAAUUAGCUCAUUUCUUACCUGAGACUCAGUUAAGGGUGGAAACGGGAGAUAAGGCCUGAGAGUUAAUCAGGCCUCUAACAUAGAUGGGAAUCUAAAUUCAGGAUCUGUUAAAAUACUAUCCUUAUGAACUGGGCUAACUUACAACAAAACCAUGGCAAAAAGCCCAUUUAGUAGUCUCUUUCCAUAGACACACUGGCCCUGGAAAUCUUACUCCUUUGUCAUCACAAAAAGAAACAUGGACAGAGAAACCUAAAACUGCCCGGGCUUCCUGUACCGUGGCUCAUCCUGUCCGGGCUGAUUAGGCUGUGCCAGAGCAAGAACGUUGGUCAGACGAGGUUGGAGCUGGAGGAUCGAGAUGAGUCCACAGCAUGCCUGCUCUUGGAAGGGAGAGAUGAAAAGUAGAGAAAUGCAAAGGCAGAGGAAGGGUAGCUCAAGUUUUGUAAUGUUCCCAAAUGAAAAUGCUCCAUAAAGAAGCAAUAUUUUUAAUCUCUGGGCUUUAUUCUUAAUAUAUAGAAUACUGCCCAUCAAAUUUGAGCAAUACAACAGAGGCUUUGCCUUAGUGAUGGAAGGUCAGAGGACAGGGCGGAGGGGCAGGGAUGUAGACUAGAAAUGCGUGAACUUUUCCCAGAGGUUUGGGGCAUUUCUCAAAGAGCCCUAGUCACUGCCAGGAA